GGAGGAAACGAGGCAUUUAAUGAUUUCUAUACAACCAGAGUUGAAGAUAAAUAAAUGCCAGUAAAUGGUUUUACACCAUCAGUGGCUCUGCUCUGUGUCUCUGUGCGCUUGACAGUGUCAUUGUGACCUGAUGUGGAACAUGCAGAACAAAACCCUGACAGAGUCAAGAAGGUGAAGAGGAGGAGGAGGAGAAUGCAGCAUGGAGCUGUUGAGUGGAGAGUGAGAACAAUGUGUGAAGCUGCAGCUUGUUGUUACACUGGAAGAAACCACUGUGCUGGGAGGCUGCAGGUCCACUGGGAGUCUUUGUCAGAGCUGGAGACAAAACUGCUCUGUGUGCGCGCAUGUCUUUCUGCAUGUGUGGACAUAUCUGAAGGAUGUAGCCGGUGAGUUUGUACGUCUGUGUCAUUCCCCUGUCCAGAGACCAGCAGCACCAGUGAAUGUGGUGUCCUCACCAUAAUGUGUGCGAGUCCAGACCCUGGUCCAGCUCAUCACUCGGUGUCGUAGACCUCCACUGCUGUCCACCAACUAUUAACCCCCCCCAGUGAGCCACACCGCUGCACAGGGGAGAACAUGGGAGGCCAUCUGUUUCCAAUAAAUGGCUGUGGGGGCAGUAAAAUCUUCACUGUGCUUCUCGGUAAUGUAACUCAUGGUUCAGGACGACAUUUUAACCCUGGUGAAAUGACAGGAUGUGGUCUGGGACAGACCUGGACACUCAGCAGGACAAAGAGAAAAGUCUCCCCAGGGAGAAGGGCUGAAGGAGAGGCAGAGAUACUGGUUGAAGUGGAAGAGACUCAAAAUCAUUCCUAACUCAGUGAGAUGUGAACUGACAGACAUGAAACACAUGUUGAUCUGAUUCAGUGUGACAAAUCUCCAUAAAGCCAGUGAGAAACCAGAGGAGCGGAGGCUGUAGAACCUGCCUGAGAUCCUGUGUUUAGGUUUCCUUCAGUGACACAUUGAUCCAGUGACAGCUGUGUGUACGUCCAUGGUGGUGGGGACACCAUAACUAACAGCAGCACCACCCUGUGCCAGUCAUUACAACAGCAAUGGGGUCUCCUGUCGCCACACUGGUUCAGCGACAGGCCUCUGUGUCGGUGUGGAGUUUGGUUUUCCUAUGUCAGAUGAGCAUUUUCACACAACAGUUACAUCUCACUAUGAACUAUCUUUAAAACUAGAAGGAAAUCACUGAACUCAAAGCUCAGUGUUACUGCGUCCUGUCACUUUCCUGGCUUCACUGCAGGUUCGUCUCAGUGUUUUUCAGCCUUUCUUGUUAAAGUAGGUCUUGCCUAAUCUUGUACAGGGCAGGACUGUGAAGAUGGUAACAAUCGACGAUGGUCCACAUGACUUUUCUUAAACCGACUCUGGUCACUUAUCGUGCCAUCCUUCCUUGUGUGUCUGUGAUGAGAGCAGGUUUAUUUUGGUACUUUUCAUGCUGCUGCUCAGUCAGUGGUGUUUUCCCUGCUGCACACCUCCGCACAGGAAGUGACGUCAAAUGAUGUGGGGAGGCGGGUAACCAUGGCAACUGCCCUGCCGAUGAUGAUAUGUUUGCACUCUGAGUGUAUAAAUCCCUGCUGUGUGCCUGUGUUGCCCUGGCAACCAGACGACUCUCACACACUGCAUGUACUUUCAGAUGCUCCUGUGGCUACACAAUGGCUGCUGCCAGGAGCCAGGUGUGUUAUUGUGAACUACUGAUCAGUCACUAACUGCAGUCGAGAUAUGGAGCGGUGAUGAUGGACACAUUCAGCGGCAGGGUCUCCUUGCAGUGUUUCUGUCCUCCUGAGGAAAGCAUCCAAAAAGCUGAAGACCUUUCACCAGAAAUGUCUGUUCAGUUCUGGUCGAUAGCUGGGAGAACCCAUUUAGGGCUGUUCACAUGAGUGAACAGGUUAUUUAUCAGCAGCAGGUGAACUCCAACUCCCACAAUGCCCGAGCAAAGUAACGACUACCGAGUAGUGGUGUUUGGAGCCGGCGGAGUGGGGAAGAGCUCACUGGUCCUUCGGUUUGUUAAAGGCACCUUUAGAGACACCUACAUCCCUACUGUAGAGGACACCUACAGACAGGUGAUCAGCUGUGAUAAGAGUGUCUGCACGCUGCAGAUCACUGACACAACAGGUAGUCACCAGUUUCCCGCCAUGCAGCGGCUGUCCAUUUCCAAAGGCCACGCCUUCAUCCUGGUCUACUCCAUCACCAGCCGCCAAUCGCUGGAGGAGCUCAAACCCAUCUACCAACAGGUUCUUGCCAUCAAAGGCAGUGUAGAGUCCAUUCCAAUCAUGCUCGUGGGCAACAAGAGUGAUGAGAUGGCCCAGCGUGAAGUGGAAACGAAGGAAGGCGAAGCUCAGGCCACCAUCUGGAAGUGUGCCUUCAUGGAGACAUCGGCCAAGAUGAACUCCAAUGUGAAGGAAUUGUUCCAGAAACUGCUGGCCCUGGAGAAGAAGAGGGACAUGAGCCUGAGCAUCGACGGCAAACGCUCAGGAAAACAGAAGCGAGCCGACAAGCUGAAGGGGAAGUGCAGCGUCAUGUAGAGUAUGCAGCAGCAGAGGACUUGCUGUAGGGAUGUGGAAACAGAGGAGCAGGAAGGGGGAGUUUACUAAUGAGUCCCAUAGAGACUCCCCCUCCCAUCUUUAGCUCGACUCCCAAUAACAGAGGUCUUCUUCUUUUGUAGCUCUCCUCCUCCACCUGUUUCAACACUGAAGCCCAGACAAAUAAAAUUAUGAGACUCAUUACGAAAACUGGAAUAUUUAUACCAGGGCCUCAGGCUCCUCGUGGCCCUGAACUGGAUUGUGUUUGUGGCUCCAGAGUACUUUUAAAUAAAUAUAUACAGCCAACUAACUACUGUCUCCAUUAACAUCACUAACUUAUGAUGAAGAAAUGCUUCACUGGUUUUAUUGUGAAUCAUCAACCUUUACUUACUCAACAACCUGUCACACCAUAUUCAUUGAGAAAGUACAUUUUUCUUAUUUAAGAAUGCUUCUUUCACACCCACUCCAACUGGUACCACCAAAUUUCAGAUCCAGACUCAACCUGAAAACUACAUUUUUUGCUUUAUUUCAUCCAUUACAGUGCAGACUGUUAGCUCACAGGGCCGAUGGCUCAUCCAUUAGUUACACUCUACUCUCUUCCCACUGGCCACUUUAUAUAUUUUAGAAUACACAAAUAUGAACCCAGAGUGCCAAGCUUGACAUAAAGACAAUGAGACAAAACUAGCCUAACCUGAAACAAAUUAUUCAGGAAACAUUGGGAUCUGCUGAUGCAGAGCUCUUGUGCAACCUGAAGACAUUUUUCAAACAAUGGCUUCUAAUUUCCAGCUGAAGAC